GCGCUGGCGACGUGCGGAACGCGUACCGACGCAAGAGCGCGAGCGCGCCGGGAUGGAGCCGCUCGCUUAACGGAGGGCGCGUGGAUAUCGCGAUGAAACGGGCGCCGCGGCGCGCGAGGCCGACCGACGGGAAAGUUGCCGCGCGGGGGGAGCACCGGAUUUAAAGGGCCAGCGGCGCGCGAGCGCGAACAUGGACCGGCGCGCCACGGCUCCGGACCCGGAUAAGCAGUACUGCGAGCUCUGCGGGAAGAUGGAAAACCUCUUAAAGUGCGGUCGGUGCCGGAAUUCCUUCUACUGCAGCAAGGAGCAUCAGAAGCAGCACUGGAAAAAACACAAACUCACCUGCAGAGAGGCUGAGAAGACCAACAGCGCUCCUCAAACUCCACACGAGCAGGAGAAACCGGACGCCUCAGACGCCGACAAGACCAAACCCCAACCCCACAAACUGGCCGCCGACUAUAUAGUCCCGUGCAUGAACAAGCACGGCAUUUGCGUAGUGGACAGCUUCCUGGGCGAAGACCUGGGGCUGUCCAUCCUGGAGGACGUGAAGGCGCUUCAGCAGACCGGCAAGUUCACCGACGGACAGCUGGUGAGUCAGAAAAGCGACUCCACCAAGGACAUCAGGGGGGAUAAAAUCGCUUGGAUCGAGGGCAAGGAGCCCGGGUGCGAGAAGAUCCGCUUCUUGAUGAGCCGCAUGGACGACCUGGUCAGGAAUUGCAACGGAAAACUGGGAAACUACACAAUAAAUGGAAGGACUAAAGCGAUGGUGGCGUGUUAUCCGGGGAAAGGCUCUGGUUAUGUGCGUCACGUGGACAACCCAAACGGUGAUGGGAGAUGUGUCACAUGCAUAUAUUAUCUUAAUAAGAAUUGGGAUGCCAAGGAAAAUGGGGGCGUGCUGCGGAUAUUUCCAGAGGGCAAAGCACAGUUUGCGGACAUCGAACCCAAAUUUGACCGCUUGGUUUUGUUCUGGUCUGAUAGACGAAACCCUCACGAGGUCCAGCCUGCGUACGCGACAAGAUAUGCCAUUACCGUGUGGUAUUUUGAUGCCGAUGAGCGGGCGAAAGCUAAAGAAAAGUACCUAACAGGUGCCGGCGAGAAAGGAGUGAAGGUGGAGCUAAACAAGCCGUCUGAACCGACGUAAUCAAAUUAUCGUUAAUCCAGACUUUGCCGUGAGGAAAAUAAGAAGAGUCGGGAAAAGGCGGCGGGUGUCCGCGAUGAAGCAAGAGAAAAGAGUUCCCAGAAAACCAGCUCGUUUUAAAUAUGACUCUGUUGGUUUAUUUUCGGUUUUAAAGAAGGUAUAACAUGCACAUUAAAGCCUCACGUGACUGGAGUCACUGCGCCUCCGAGGAAUCUUUAAAAUUGCUUCGUUUCUGGGACGAGUUUCUGCAUUUCGGCCUGGUAUUCGUGGAUCAAACCGCACAUGUUCUCUAUGCACGUUAUUUCUCCAGACUGCUUGGGUUCUGAUCAGAUCGUCUGUUCAUACUGAAAUGCACAUUUUAUGCCGGCAAGGUAAUGGCAUGUUUAUUCAGGACUGUGAGCUGGCAGAUGCAUCAUGGGAAUGCCGUCUGCAAUUCUACAGCUUUACUUUCUUACGUGCACUAGGUCAGUGCCAGUCCGGCGUUGAACGUUAUUGUCUAAUUUCGACAAAAAUAAAGGCUGUUUGCUUUAAA